AUGGGCUUCUUCAAAGACUUUCUCUCAAAAAUCAUCCCCAUUGAUAGUCUCCGCUCGUCGGAUGUGGUUAUCCUUAUUAUUGGCCCACCCGGAGUGGGAAAAACUACUUUUAUCAACAUGGCCGCACAGAGGACACUGCUUGACGCACAGAAAUCCCUUUCUGCUGGUACACGAGAUAUCAGCACCGUGCGUUGCAAGGAUCCGGUCUCCAAGCGGAGCAUCGUCCUUGUCGAUACUCCAGCAUAUCCAGACGAACAGAUGCCGACGAAUGAGUAUAAGAUCAAGGAUUGGAUGAAAAAGAAGAGGAAGGCCAAGAUCAGCGGCAUUCUAUACCUUCACAGGAUCACGGACAACCGGGUCACAACGCCACCGGGGGAAACUUACAAGAAGUUCAAGGGAGGACUAGCCGGUGGAGUUGACACGCCUGUGCUUCUUGUUACAACGAUGUGGGAUCACUGGAGUCGGCCCAACAUUUCUGCAGAGCAGAAAGAAAAGGCUUUGCGCGUUGCCGAACUGCGAUUAAACCAAUUAACAGAGGACUGGAAGGACAACGUGGGUGAAUCAGUGGUCGAACGUCAUGAUAACACCCAGUCGUCGGCCCUGAGGAUACUCGAUCAGCUACUGGCCGCAGCGAAGUAG